UACAUCAGCAAAAAUGGCCACUCCCGUUUCCGGUAUCUCUCUUGCCAACCUGAUCAAGGCUUCGCCUUUCCUGACCAAGGCCUUGACGCCCAUCGCGAACACCUACUACAAGUUCACCGCUUACCAGCAGAUUGGUUUCCGCUACGACGACCUCAUCCCCGAGGAGAACCUCGCCAUGAUCAAGGCCCUCAAGCGUCUUUCGCCAAAGGAGCACGCUGACCGUGUUUACCGUAUGCGUGUUGCUUCUCAGUGCUCUAUGUCUCACACUCUUUUGCCUAAGGAGCAGUGGACUACGCUCGACCAGGACCACCGUUACAUCUCAAACAUCCUCAAGGAGGUCGAGGCCGAGGAGCAGGAGCGCGCUGAUUUGGAUGCUAUGAUCAUCCGCAAGAAGCCCGCGAGUGCCCACUAAACGUACAGGAUGGU